UAACCAAUACUGUAGCUUGACAGUAACGUUAGUGUAAGCACCGAGCAGUCGAGGGAAAAACAGCUUUUCAUUGUGGCGAGGAUUGAGUUCGCAUUUUGUAACGUUACUGUUAGCUAUAUCAUUUUCGUUGGUUGUCUCUUUCUCUGUUGUUGAUUCCCAGCCGUUCAAAUCGGAAUGGCCGAACCGUGCGGCAGAUAUCAGCAGCUUCCCAAUGAGGAGGACCCACAAGAGAGCCCACAGGUAGCAGCUGAUGCUCCACCCCCAUACAGCAGCAUUGCAGUGGACAGUGCCGCCUACUUUGACUACAAGGAAGACGGGGCUUACCCCAAGCCUCCAUCAUACAACGUAGCGACUACGCUACCUUCCUAUGAUGAAGCAGAAAGAACCAAGGCUGAGACUACUGUUCCUCUGGUAACUGGAAGAGAUGAAGACUUUGUGGCCAGAGAUGACUUUGAAGAUGCUGAUCAGCUGAGGAUAGGAAAUGAUGGCAUCUUCAUGCUCACUUUUUUCAUGGCUUUUCUGUUCAACUGGAUCGGUUUCUUCUUGUCUUUCUGUCUGACCACCUCAGCAGCCGGCCGCUACGGGGCCAUCUCGGGCUUUGGCCUUUCCCUCAUCAAAUGGAUCCUCAUAGUCCGGUUCUCCACAUACUUCCCUGGUUACUUUGAUGGACAGUACUGGCUGUGGUGGGUGUUCCUGGUGUUGGGCUUUUUGCUCUUCCUUCGAGGAUUCAUCAACUACGCCAGAAUCCGCAAUAUGGCUGACACCUUCUCCACCCUGCCCCGCACCCGAGUCCUCUUCAUCUACUGAGCUCACAAUCCAUCAAUUUCCAUCAUACCCCCCCUCCUGCCUCUUUAUACAUAAUUUUUGGCUUUACCCAAUCCAAAAGGGAGAAAAGAACUUUUUUUUUUUUUUUUUUUUUUUUUUUUCCUCUGCUUAAUGUGAUUUGGACAAUACAUUUAUUGUCCCCUCUUGGUGUAAAAUAGUGAAUUCUGAGACUCUCCAUCAGUAUAAAACCCUUCAGUUGUUAGUGGUGAACUGUCAAGUGCUAUUUGCACUUAAGAAGUUUGUGAUGUAUAAAUGAAUGCCUUAGUCACUGUUUUACUAUCUGUUGGUAACAACAGCAUGAACUAUUAGCCACCAGGGGGCAGUCUGGUUUGUGUUAUUUUUCACCACUCUUCUAUCAGAUGAAGUCCUUUGUAUAGAGAGAUGGUUCUCAGCCCAGGGACCAGUGUGUAAUUUUGGGUUUAUGGGUUGAUUUAUGCAGUGUGAAAUAAUAUAUUUCCUGUACCAUUUUAAUGUGCAUUUAAACCUUCUGACCAAUGCUUUUUGUCCCUUGUGAAGUAGUGUAUAAUUCAGGCAAUACAAGACUGAAAAGGCAAAAAUAAUUAGCUUUUUGGGGUUUGGGCUAAAAAGGUUGAGGACCACAUGUAUGAAAGAGCAGGGGCCGAGUUUCCCAUUGAGCAUUUUUUCCUCAUGUAUUUAGUCCUUGCUUACACGCACUGUAAUCAGUAGUGUUGUUUCCAUAGAUAGAUAGAUAGAUAGAUAGAUAGAUAGAUAGAUAGAUAGAUACUGUAUAUACACUGCAUGUAUGUUAGCAGAGGUAAAGCUGCAGGGAUGUCCAUUAGAGCUUCUUAGGCAGGCUGCCCUGCUCAAGGACACGGCGAUAGGGAUGGAAUAGACCUUUUUCACGGCAGACAUGUUGACAUGUCAUAGUAGGAAAAGCCCAUGUGUAUUCAAAAUUAAUGAUGGCUGCAUUCCACUUAGGAGAGGCCCUGGUAUUGUGCAUGCUGACUCACUGAAACAGUUUACUGCGACACUUGAAGGAAUUGAGCUAUUAUUAAGGUUAUCAAUUUCAGCUGUGCUUUUCCUACUAUGACAAGUCAAAAAUGUCUGUUAAGAAAAAGGUCCAUAGGCUGAUAGUCUGUCACUGGAUUCAGAUGCGCAAUGAGACGGUUUUGGGUAAAUAAAUGAUUCCCACGCCCUUAGUGACUAACACCCCGAUGGUUUCCAAUGGAGGAAAGAAUUAUUGUAUUGCCAGAUGUGAUUUAGAAACCCUGCCCUGGGAAAACUAAGGAAUAUAUUAAUACAGAGCAGAGAUUGUUUUUUUGACGUAACAAUGAAUUGUUAAAGAGUCAUUAUUUUUAUGUUUGCCCUCAUUAAGCCAAAUGAUUAUUUUUUAGAAGAAUUUGAAAUACCUGCAUUGGAAAAUGUUUGAAAUUAAACGGAAAAAAAAAAUACAUUUUAUGUGUUGAGCUUUUUAAUCAAAUGAUAAGUGUCCGGUAAAUAAACAUCACAACUUUUUAGUUA